AUGGCGGCGACCUUAGGGCCCGGCGGCUCUGCGCGGAACGACGUCGUGGAGAGGCUGCCGUCCAUCCUGGCAGGAGUCCCGGCGCGGAGGGCUCAGAGCUCCCCGCCACCGGCCCCGUCUCUCUGCCUCCGGCGGCGGACGCGCCUCUCAGCGGCGCCCGAGGACACCGUGCAGCACCGGGUUUCCCUCGAGAAGGUGCUUGGCAUCACAGCCCAGAACAGCAGUGGCAUUACAUGUGACCCUGGCACGGGCCACCUGGCCUACCUGGCAGGCUGUGUGGUGGUGAUUUUGGACCCCAAGGAGAACAAACAGCAGCACAUUUUAAAUACUGCCAGGAAGUCCCUGAGUGCUCUGGCCUUCUCCCCCGAUGGCAAGUACAUAGUAACAGGAGAGAACGGUCACAGACCUGCCGUGCGCAUCUGGGAUGUGGAUGAGAAGAAUCAAGUGGCAGAGAUGCUGGGCCACAAGUAUGGUGUGGCCUGUGUGGCCUUCUCCCCCAAUAUGAAGCACAUCGUGUCCAUGGGCUACCAGCAUGACAUGGUCCUCAAUGUCUGGGACUGGAAGAAAGACAUCGUGGUAGCCUCCAACAAGGUGUCAUGCAGGGUCAUCGCCCUCUCCUUCUCUGAAGACAGCAGCUAUUUCGUCACUGUGGGAAACCGGCAUGUGAAGUUCUGGUUCCUGGAAGUCUCCACGGAAACAAAAGUGACAGGCACAGUGCCCCUCAUAGGACGUUCUGGCAUCCUGGGGGAACUGCACAACAAUGUCUUCUGUGGUGUGGCCUGCGGCCGGGGCCAGACAGCAGGCAGCACUUUCUGUGUAUCCUACUCGGGCCUCCUGUGCCAAUUCAACGAGAAGAGAGUGCUGGAGAAGUGGAUCAACCUGAAGGUCUCCCUGUCUUCCUGCCUCUGUGUCAGCCAAGAACUCAUCUUCUGUGGCUGCACAGAUGGGAUAGUCCGCGUCUUCCAGGCUCACAACCUGCACUACCUCACCAACCUGCCCAAGCCACACUACCUCGGGGUGGAUGUGGCCCAGGGCCUGGAACCCAGGAAGGCUGAUGCGGUCUACCCAGAUACUGUGGCGAUGACCUUCGACCCCCUUCACGAGCAGCUGUCCUGCGUUUACAAGGACCACAGCAUCUACGUCUGGGAUGUCAAAGACAUCAACAAUGUGGACAGGUUGUGGUCAGAGCUCUUCCAUAGUUCCUAUGUCUGGAACGUGGAGGUGUAUCCUGAGUUUGAAGACCAGAGAGCUUGUCUGCCAUCCGGAUCAUUUCUGACUUGUUCCUCAGACAACACCAUACGCUUCUGGAACAUGGGAAGCAGACCUGACUCUCACUGGCAACAAAACAUUUUCAGUAAUACCCUGCUGAAGGUCGUGUAUAUAGAGAAUGACAUCCAACACCUGCAGGACCUGUCACACUUCCCAGACCGGGGCAGCGAGAGUGCCACACCCAUGGAGGUGAAAGCUGGGGUGCGAGUCAUGCAGGUCAGUCCUGACGGCCAGCACUUGGCUUCAGGCGACCGAAGUGGAAAUCUGAGGAUCCAUGAGCUGCACUUCAUGGACAAGCUGAUCAAGGUGGAGGCCCAUGAUGCUGAGAUUCUGUGCCUGGAGUACUCCAAGCCUGAGACAGGACUGACCUUGCUGGCCUCAGCCAGUCGAGACCGACUGAUCCACGUGCUGAACGUGGAGAAGAACUACAACCUGGAGCAGACCCUGGAUGACCACUCGUCCUCCAUCACCGCCAUCAAGUUUGCUGGCACCAGAGACAUCCAGAUGAUCAGCUGUGGGGCCGACAAGAGCAUUUACUUCCGAAGUGCCCAGAGGUCCUCAGAUGGUCUGCACUUUGUGCGCACCCACCACGUGGCCGAGAAGACCACCUUGUAUGACAUGGACAUUGACAUCACACAGAAGUACGUGGCUGUGGCCUGCCAGGACCGCAAUGUGAGGGUCUACAACACCGUGAAUGGGAAGCAAAAGAAGUGCUAUAAGGGUUCCCAAGGUGAUGAUGGGUCCCUGCUGAAGGUCCACAUUGACCCCUCAGGCACCUUCUUGGCCACAAGCUGCUCGGACAAAAGCAUCUCAGUGAUUGACUUUUACUCGGGCGAGUGUGUUGCAAAGAUGUUUGGCCAUUCAGAAAUCAUCACUGGCAUGAAGUUCACCUAUGACUGUCGUCACCUGAUCACAGUGUCCGGAGACAGCUGUGUGUUUGUCUGGCACCUGGGCCCGGAGAUCACCAACUGCAUGAAGCAGCACUUGCUGGAGAUCGACCAUCAGGAGCAGCAUCAGAGCACUAAGAACUGGAAGUGGAGCAGCCAGCCCAGGCAGGCGACCUUUGUGUCUGCGCCCAGCCCCAGCGAGAUUGGCUCCUUAAGCCCCGGAGAGCAGACAGAGGAUGAGCAGGAGGAAGAAUGUGAGCCCGAAGAAUCAUUGAAGACGCCCUUCAAAGAGAACUUGGACCCAGAUCCUCAGUGCCUGCUGACCAAUGGCAAGUUGCCACUCUGGGCCAAGCGGCUGCUAGGAGAUGAUGACGAAGUGGGAGAUGUCUCUGUCUUCCGCACGAAGCGAAGUUACCAGCCACAUGGCCGCUGGGCAGAGCGUGCUGACCAGAAGCCCCUUAAGACCAUCCUGGAUGCCCAGGACCUGGACUGCUACUUUACCCCCAUGAAGCCCGAGAACCUUGACGACUCCAUUCUGGACACAGUGGAGCCCAAGAACCUGGCAGGCCUCCUGUGUGAGUUCGAGAGCCCCCAGGAAGGAGGCCACAGAUGCACCUCCUUCCCGCCCCAAAAGGAGUUGUCUGAGGCCAGUGACAUCAGUUUCCCAAAGGAGGUGACAGUUUCAGCAGCAGGCAGUGAGUGCCACAAGGAGGCAGAAGGGAAACCCCGAGACCUGCGAGACGACUCAUACCUCAGGGCCUCCUCUGUGAACUUCAAGGACCAGAGCCUGCAUGAGGAUUCAGGGGAGUCAGAGAUCGAGCUGGAGAGUAACUUAGGAAGUAGCUCCACUAGCCUUCAUUUGUCCCCCCCACUGGUGGAACCGGACGCUCAGUUUCACACCACAGUGACUUCCACCCCAGGUACCACAGAAGAGCCCGCCCGGCCCGAGGUGCCAGGCCUGGCCAGCAGCUCCCUGCCCCAGACGCCGGAGCAGGAGAAGUUCCUCCGAAACCACUUCGAGACGCUCACUGACACCCUCCCCCAGGAGUCCUUCCAUGGAUCACUGCGAGAUGAGCACUGUGACGAGGACUUCUUCAACCCCCGCCUGAGCAUAUCUGCCCAGUUUCUCUCUCGCCUCCAGAAGACAUCCACGUUCUCCCACAUCUUUCCGAGAAGGCUGCCUCUCCAUCUUUUGGAGUCCCCAGAUGCCACACCCACAGCCCACAGCAGGAGCCAUCCCAGAGCUGAGCCCCUGCAAACAGGUACCAGCUACAACAGCCCUGACAGCAGCGACGUCCUCUCCUCAGUGCUGUCCAUAGAGAGGAAGCCUCUGUUACCCGCAGCCGUUCCUGCUUGCAGUGUGGCCCGGACUAUCCAUACCCCUUCCACCUGUUCUUCCAUGGAGGCCACUGCCAGCUUCUGUGUCAAGAUGUCACACAGCACAUCCCCAGAGGACAGAGAGGCCCCUGUGCUCCCUGAGUUGGCCCCCCAGGGUCCUUCAUCCUUGGAAGAACUGCUCCCUCACAGCCAGGAGUACCAGCCCCCUGCCACAGUAGCCCCUGACUCAGAUAGUGAUGGUCCAGAGCUGCCUCGGCGGGGCAACCACGAGGCUCGUGCCAGCCUGAAACUGACCCUGCCAAGCAUCUGUGACAGACUAUUGCUGCCCUCUCCUCCCCUGGAGCCACGCCCCACGUGUACCUGGACCUCACAGCCUGUGGACACACAGCCCAAUAUCACAGACACUGCAGCCCAUUUCUCAGCCAGCAGCUCCAUGGAUGGAAGAACCCCCAACUCUCCUAUUUUCUCAAGGCUCCUGGUACCUGAACCCCUCAAUUCCCCCGUCUGCCCCAGCACCACCUUGCAUUCAGAGGCCAGACCUGGAGCCCCAAGAAGCUCUCCCUCCCUGGAGCCCACCCCUGGUUCACUCGGAAUGAUCCCUACCAGCCCUGGACACUGCAGGGAGCCCCCCAGUCCCUCGGAGCUGAGCAGUGUGGGGAACGUAGUGCACAGGCUGCAGACGGCCUUCCGGGAAGCACUGACACUCUACCACCGGGUGGCCCCAAGGGACCAGGACUGCACCGCUGAGCAGCAGCAGGCAUGCACUGAGCUGAUGUCCACCUUCCGAUGGAUCCACAGCCAGUUAGAGACCUACGAUGGACUGAUGAAGACUAACAGGACCCUAGACCAGGUCCCAAUCAACAGGGGCUCCCCAUCCCUACCCCUGUUGUGCCCCCUGGCCAGCCCAGACUUACAUGCCCUCCUGGAACACUACUCGGAGCUGCUGGUUCAGGCAGUGUGCAGGAAGGCACGGAGGGACUGA